CCUUCCUCCCACUUUUAAGUGAGUCCGGAUCUGUGUCAGUCCUGAACCCUGUAGCAGCAGCAGGUCCACGGAUCAUGGCUUUCUUCACCCACCAGGUCUGCAGAGGUCUGUCGUCCUCGGCCGUCAGAGCCGCUGCGAUUAAACAUGUGACGAUCAUCGGAGGAGGACAGAUGGGAGCGGGAAUCGCACAGGUUGCUGCAUCAACUGGUCACACGGUGACGCUGGUGGACACAUCUGAUGACAUCCUGAAGAAGGCUGUCAAGGGCAUUGAAGGGAGCCUUAAAAGAGUGGUCAAGAAGAAGUUUGCUGAUAAGCCAGAGGCAGGUGAGGAGUUCAUCCAGAAAGUCCUGCAGAACGUGUCAGUCUCAACAGACGCUGGGGCUGCAGCUCAGAGCUCAGAUCUCGUGUUGGAGGCAAUCGUGGAAAAUCUAAAAAUCAAACAGGAUCUCUUUGGACGGCUGGACAAGCUGGCACCAACACACACCAUCUUUGCCAGCAACACAUCCUCCCUGCCCAUCUCUGAUAUCGCCAGCUCCACCAACAGGCUCGACAGAUUCGGAGGUCUUCACUUCUUCAACCCAGUCCCCAUGAUGAAGCUCGUAGAGGUCAUUGGAACCUCAGCAACAAGCCAAGAGACUUUUGAUUCACUCCUGAACUUCAGCAAAGCACUUGGAAAAACACCAGUGUCCUGCAAGGAUACACCUGGAUUCAUUGUAAACCGCCUGCUUGUUCCUUAUGUAUUGGAGGCAAUCCGGUUGCAUGAGAGAGGUCAUGGAUCCAAAGAGGACAUUGAUAUUGCCAUGAAGCUCGGUGCUGGUUAUCCCAUGGGACCCUUUGAGCUCUCGGACUAUGUAGGACUGGACACAAUGAAAUUCAUUAUGGAUGGUUGGAAUGAAAAGGAUCCCGAUAACCCACUGUUUGCUCCGAGUGAAAUGUUGAACAAGUUGGUUGCAGAGGGAAAAUAUGGUAAAAAGACAGGAGAGGGAUUCUAUAAGUACAAGUAAUGACAUUUUGCAGUGUUGUUGAUUUUGUGUGAAGGGACAUCUCUGUAAAACUAGACAGAACUGAACAACAGAAGCUAUCCAAGAGGGAGUAACAGAAAAAAUACCUGUGCCUUCUACAAUAAAUAUCAACUUUAGUCUCUCAGGCCAUUUUCUUCUGCACAUCCACUGAAUGAAAUCUUUGAAUGUGUGAAGAGAUUAAUGUAAUUAUAUAAAAUAGAUUUUUCAAAUA